ACCGGUCUCGAGAACUACAGCACUACUUAUUGGGCCCCAAAACCCCAUAGCCGGACCGGCUGCAGCUCAGGCUGUAGCAGAUGUACCACCACUAGCUGCCACUACUGCGAAAUACUGUAAAUACAAAACCAACCAAUAGGCAUUAACAGGCGGAAACAUUUCCAUAUAUAAACAACAUCACACUUCUAUUGAGCAACUUUUGCUGUGAACAGAAGUUUGUUCCAGUGUGUUUGUUCAAGUGUCCCAACAUGUACACAGAGACAAUGCAUGAUAAACUUACUGAAGAACCUGACUCAGAUUUGGCUGAUGUGCGAUAUUCAGAUUUGAAUAAUCCACAAAAUAAUGGAAAGCGACCAUUUUGUCAAGACCCCUUCAAGGUGGCAACCGCAUGCCUGACUGCCUUCUGUCUCCUCUUACUUGUGGUUUUAGUGGCCACAAAUGUUCACAGAAGUUCUUCUGUUCAGGAUCUCCCCUCCAGUUCUGCUGAAGCUCAAAUGCUUAAAACCUGCGCCAACAUGACCGAUCUGACAGCAGAAUUGCAGACUUUGAGAAAAGUGAAGAGAGACCUUGAGGAAGAGAGGUCACAGCUGAAGGUCAAAGUCACUGCACUAGAAGCAGCGGCUGCCACAAAAUGCACUCCAGUGACAGCGAAAGCUUCCUGUCCAGAUAACUGGCAUUAUUUCGAAGGCAGCUGUUACUUCAUCUCAGAAGAGAGCGAAAGCUGGCCAGACAGUCAAGCUUACUGCGAACUGAGAGGAGGACACCUGGCUAUCAUACUUACAGCUGAUGAACAGACUUUUAUAUGGAACCUGCUGCCACGUGGUCACUGGAACGCUUACUGGUUUGGCAUAACUGAUGAAGAGACAGAAGAUGACUGGCGCUGGGUGGAUGGAACCAAACUGGUCGGAGGUUUCUGGGAAGACGGCGAGCCGAACAAUCACAUUAAUGAGGACUGUGGCUACAUGAUAAAAACUUUGGUUUUAAGUCGCAUAGCUACAAAGAGCUGGUACGACGCCCCAUGUUACAUGUCCAGACCCUGGAUCUGUGAGAAGAAGGCAGAUGUGUCCUCUUAAUCAUCAUCAUCAUCAUCCUUCUCAUAUCAUCAUCUUCAACUCCAACAGAACUUUAUAAAAGUUUAGUUUCAGGGUGUUUUCAAUAAGAAACGUUGCAAAAUUAUGAGUUAUGAUUGUACUUACUGAUCUCAGGAUUUAAAAUGUUUUAAUCAAUUAUAAUCAAUUAACUGUUUCAAAUUUAGGGUCAUUUAAUUAAAUCAAUUAACUUUUGUCCACAUUUUAUCAUAAUACUAUACAAAUGUAACUUUGUAAAUUACAAAACAUUUAAAUUAAAUCAAAACUAUGUUAUAUUUCUUCAGUAUAGUCACCUGUUCUCUAGAAUUUGCAAUUUUUUAAUCAUUUUUUCAAACAGCUUCUUGAGGUCUCACCCUGAGAUGCAUUUAAACAGUAUUAAAGGAGGUCGCAUUUAUUCUGCGCCCUUAUUGGCUGCUUUCUUUAUGAUUCAGUCCAAGUCAUCCAUUUCAUUAACAUUUUUAGUUUUUUAUGAAAAAAUAUGUUGACACUAUCA